AUGCACUCCGUAUCCUUCCGCCUACGAAUACUCGCCACGUUCCGCCACACCCGCGCGCACGCCGAACGUGUCGCUGUUCUCAGCGUGCCGAUACGUAUGGUUCCGCCCCCAGCUCCACUACCCGAGGUCGCGUAUGAUGUCGACGCGGCAUACGCGAAGAAGCAUGAUAAGCCGCCCGCGAGAACUGUGCGGACUGAAGAUGCUGAUGCUGCGCCUGGGUACGACGAGGCAGGUCCUAGUAUGCCGGAGGAGGCCGAAGCGGGACCGAGCUACAUCGCUGCUCCUGCGCCUGGUCCUGGCGCACCGCCGCCGUUUGAGCCGGACGAUGCGCCGCCUCCCUUCACGCAUACCGCUUCAUCAUCGCGUCUACCAACAUUCUUGGAGUCCGAACAAGCGCAUACGCAGUCUUCGUCCCACUCCCAUACGAAUGGACACGCGCAUACGAACUCGCAUGGAUCUUUUGAUGGAGAGUACGCGCCCCAAGGCGAGGGUACGCUGUUUGGGUUCCAUGCGACGGAUCAGUUCUCGGGCCAUGCAGACGAGAUACUCGAAGCUGAAGAAGCGCCCCCGCCUUCGCUUGCUCAAGCUGCAAGAGACGCAGACGUGACAGCACUCGCGCGUCUCGAGCUUUCUGCACCUGCUAUGCGCGCGCUCGUCAGCGAGCACGCCAGAGCGGGUCAUGGAGGCAUGGAGCUAAACAUGGACGUCGAUCUGGAGCGGGAAGCCAGAGAGCUCGAAGCUGAGGGUGAAGAAGGGAGACCGCCUCCGCCUCCUGCUAUGGACGAUCCGGCCGAUCCACCACCUAGCAUCGACAGUGCAUAUCGUCCACCUCUGACCCCGCUUGCGACGGCAUUGCAGGCGCGUACCGGAGAGACGGGAGCGGCGCCUAGUCCGGGUACCCAUGCACCGCCGCCGUAUCUAGGUGACGGAGACUCGAGGCCCCCGUAUGUUGGGCUGGAGGCGCCGGAAAGGCCGAGUUACGAAGAGGUGCAGGCUGGAGAACGGCCUUCGUACGAGGAAGCUCAUGCUACUCGAAGAUCGGGUGAGCCAGAAGGCGAGGGCGCUACUAGGCCGCCGCCGUAUGUGGAUUUCAUGCCUGCCAGUAGCGGGAGGGGCUAG